AUGGAGAAGGAUCUGUGGUUCCAGCUGCAGGCGGCGGCGGCGGCGGUGCAGGAUCUGUCGCUGGCGUUGGCGCCGGCGGGCAGCAGCCAAGACCGGAAUUGCGACGAGGACCUGGUCCCGAUGGCGUGCGUGGACGGCAAGCCGGUGUGGCUGUUCCAGUGCCUCUUCUGCGACAAGACGUUCCUCAAGUCGCAGGCGCUCAGCGGCCACCAGAACGCGCACCGCAAGGGCCGCCUCGACGGCCUCCUCGGUGACCCCUACCACAAGGACGGCCCCUUCGGUGGCGCCGCCGUUGCGGCGACGUCCACAGAGCCGUCGUACUAUUUUGGCGCCUCCAUCGCCUCGCACGGCGGCGGUGGCGUGGCGGCGGCGCCAACCGCCGGUGCCUGCAGCAGGCUAGAGAGGAGGGGGUCGGGCGGCGGCGCUCCGUGCUUCGCGGAGCACGCGGUGCCCCUGGACCCAUACGCUGGACGCGACGGCGUGGUGGGCUGGCCAUGGGCCUCCGCCGCAAGCGGCGCCGGCGAGGCGUUGGACCUCGAGCUGCGCCUUUAG